GCUCCCGUGGUGGUUUCCGUGAUCCGUGGCGGUAACUCUGACUCUCACGCGCAUCUUUUAUUCUCUCGAAGCUCUCGCCGGACGGCGAUCGGAGCUCGGCGGCGGCAUUCGAUUAGGCAUCGGAGUUUCAUGGUUGGCGAGAUUGGAAGUUGAAACGCUGCGUUUUGAGGAGAAGGAACAAAAUGAAUGGGAUUGGGAAUGGGGGAUUGAGCAGUGUGGAGAUGGAGUAUAUACGAAGGCACCAUAGACACGAGCCUGGGGAGAAUCAGUGUGCCUCUGCGCUCGUUAAGCAUAUAAGAGCACCGGUUCCACAGGUAUGGUCGUUGGUGAGGAGGUUUGAUCAGCCGCAGAAGUACAAGCCAUUUGUAAGCAGAUGUGUUGUAAGGGGAAACCUUGAGAUUGGGAGUCUGAGAGAAGUUGAUGUUAAGUCAGGGCUUCCUGCCACCACAAGUACAGAAAGAUUGGAGCUCCUUGAUGAUAAUGAGCAUAUUCUCAGCAUCAGGAUAAUUGGUGGUGAUCAUAGACUCAGGAACUAUUCUUCUAUCAUGUCCCUCCACCCAGAAAUUAUUGAUGGAAGGCCAGGUACAUUGGUAAUUGAAUCUUUUGUGGUGGAUAUACCUGAGGGGAACACAAAGGAUGAGACCUGCUACUUUGUUGAAGCCUUAAUUAAGUGCAAUCUCAAAUCACUUGCUGAUGUCUCAGAAGGGCUUGCAGUACAAGAUCGCACUGAACCAAUUGACCGGAUAUAGGAGCUUAUGAUAAGAAGUUGCUGAGAACUUGGCUGCCAUGGAUGAAGCUUCGGGGGCUUUCCUAUCUCGGAGGCUUAGGAGAUGGACUGGCAAUUGUGCUGCUUCCAUUAGUUAUACAGUAGGAGAAUUCUUCAUUCCAUUUGCUCUAUUGGAUUGUUAUAUAUGCCCGUUUCUCUCUGUAGUCGUUAAAGAAAAGAAUAUUUGAGACAGGUGACUGAAUCCAGUACAGUAACAGGUGAAAGACCAGAUACUUCUUGGAGAUGUCCAUGGUUUUGGUCUUCGUGGUAUGCUCUUUUUUGUAUAUAGGUGGUGGUGAAACAUGUUCUGUAAAAUUGUUUUGAUUGGUCAGCCGUAGUGUUUCUAAUUGCCGUAAAAAUUAAGGGAAAUAUUUUUCUUAUGUUAUA